UAUUGACUCAAAGUAAGCUCAGCAAUUCAGGAAUAUGCGUUAACAUUCCACCUUUUUAGCAGGUGAAAGAUGCCAGUGAUCAAUAUCGAGGACCUGACGGAAAAGGACAAAUUGCAGAUGGAAGUUGAUCAGCUCAAGAAAGAAGUAACACUGGAAAGAAUGCUGGUGUCCAAAUGUUGUGAAGAAGUAAGAGAUUACGUUGAAGAGAGAUCUGGUGAUGAUCCCUUAGUAAAAGGUAUUCCAGAGGACAAAAACCCCUUCAAGGAGCUCAAAGGAGGCUGUGUAAUUUCAUGAAAAAUUCUUGGAUUAUCCUGAGUUUUAAUGAAAAUACUAAUUUUUCUCAUAUGCAUGAGCAUGAGUUUUUAAAUUUAUACAUGUAAACUUUGAAUAAAAAUUGGGAUGUGAUCAUGCAUACCUCUUUGUUUUUCUUCGAGUAUUUGUCACACAGCCUAACAUAAUUGUCAAUUAAAUAUUGAUUGACCCCCUUUUUUAAGAAUACUUACUAUGCCUUAUGAAUGAGUCUAUUUUAUCCUGAGUUGCCAACAUAUAGUUAAUGUUUUAUGUUUCUUCACUACCCUAUCAAUACUCA